AUGCCAAUUGAGGAGAACUGGUAUUCUACGAAUCAACCCUUUUUAUUGGACUUAGAGGUAGAUUUUUCGAAAUACAAUGAUCUCAUUUUUGGAUUAGAGGCACAUAACAACUCAACAACGCUAGAUUUACCAGGAUGCUCAGGGAAUACUGCAGUGUCAGAGAUUAGUAAUGGACAUGUUGUGACUCCCUUGGACGACCAGCAAGCGGAGGAGAUUAAUAAUGAUGCAGCCAUUUUUGACUCAGAUGAUUCCAUUAAUGAUAAAGAUUACACACCUUCAGGUGAUGAUUCUAGUUCACCAGAAAACACAAGCUCUGAAAUCGAAGUGAACCCUAAUAAUGAUGUAGAAAAACGGAUUAUCGCUGAAGCUCAAGAUGAAAAGAAAAAACCACGUAAAAUAAUCGCUAGGCCCGAAACUUGGAAAAGGAACGUGAAAAAAAUGAGGGUAAAUUCAGGUUUGCCCUAUGUGUCUGAAGGUAAUAGGGAGAUUCCUGGAAAACGUUUAAAACCUCCUUGUACAACAAAAUGCAGGUCAGCGUGUACUACUAAAUUUACCGAUGCUGAUAGACUAACUAUUCACACUUGUUUUUGGAAACAAGGAGAUAAUGCUCUUCAAAGACAAUUUGUAAGUAGUCACAUGGAAACUCUAAAAGUAAAAUACCGUCGAGCCAUUGAGGGAAGUAAUCGCAGUGAAAAUUUGUGUUAUUACUUGACGCUGCGAGGAAUUAAAAUACAAGUGUGUAAAACAUUUUUCAUGAACACCCUGGACAUUGGUGAUAAGUUUAUAAGGACAACAUGGAAAAAAUCGAAUGGUAAUGCUCUGAUAGAAAGAGAUCGAAGAGGAAACUUCAAUAAGAGGGAAACAAUCAAUACUUCGAUUAAAGAAAAAAUUGUUGCUCACAUCAACUCUUUUGAACGAAUAGAAUCUCAUUAUCUCAGAGCACAGACGACACGUGAGUACAUAGACGGAUCUUUAACGAUAGCGCAAAUGUAUCGAUACUAUAAAUCCGAGCAAGAGGCUGAAGGGUUGCCAGUUGCCAAAAAAUGUACCUAUGAACACAUUUUUAAAACCCAAUUUAACAUAUCAUUUUUCCAACCUAAAAAGGACCAAUGUGCAAUUUGCGAAACCUUUAAAAAUUCUGAUACAGACGAAAGAUUGUCGCUUCAGAAAGGAUACGAACGGCACAUUAACAACAAAAUCAAGAGUAGAGAAGAAAAGGCUCGAGACGUCGAGAAAGGAAAACAAGAUUCUUCCUUUAAAAUAGCCUGUUUUGACUUACAAGCGGUUUUACCGACGCCUUGUGGAGAUGUUUCCACAUUUUAUUACAAAUGCCGUUUAAAUUGUUUGAACUUCACAGUUUUUGAAAUACCAUCGAAAAGAGGGUUUUGUUACUUUUGGCAUGAGGCGAUUGCUAAUAGAGGUGCUAAUGAAAUAGCAACUUGUAUAUUACAUUAUUUAAAAACGGAGUGCAAAGGAAAAGAUGUCAUCUUCUAUUCCGACAACUGCGUAGGGCAAAAUAAGAACAAAAUGAUUGUUUCUAUGUAUCUCUGCGCAGUUAACAAAUUUGAUGUCAAAAGCAUUACACAUAAAUUCCUUACGGUAGGCCAUACCCAAAAUGAAGGAGACUCAAUGCACGCCAGUAUUGAGCGCCAGAAGCGUAGAGUACUAAGAAGUGGCCCUAUUUAUGUACCGUCACAAUGGGCUCCAAUUAUCAGAGCGGCCAAGAAAGAAGGUACACCCUACAUCGUGAAUGAACUUGCCACAGAAGAUUUUCUGGAUUUUAAAAAAUUUAGCGACACAAUUGGGAAACAUUUUUCAAUUAAUUCCAAACAAGAAAAG